CCCCGGCUCACGGUUCCAGCGAGCGUGCACAGCGCCCCAAAAGAGCUUGCCGCCGGCUUGGGCCCGCCCCGCGACGCCCGGCCCCCGGCCGCCGCCGCCACCACCCCGAUCUCUGUGCCCGCCGCGGUGGGUGGCAUGAUGGUGCGCGGAAGGCAGCGCGGCCCUGGCCAGCUGAGUCGCGGCGGCGGUGGUAGCGGACUCCCCAGCGGCAUGCCAGUGCCCCCUGGGCGCGAUGGCUAGUGGCAGUGCCGGGAAACCCACUGGCGAGGCGGCUUCUCCGGCUCCUGGGAGCGCCGUCGGCGGGGCCAGCUCACAGCCGCGGAAGAGGCUGGUGUCAAUCUGUGAUCACUGCAAGGGCAAGAUGCAGCUGGUGGCCGACCUGCUGCUGCUGUCGAGCGAGGCGCGGCCGGUGCUCUCCGAAAGCCCCGCCUCCCCUGGCGCUGGCGCCGAGUCCUUCGAACAGUGCCGGGACACCAUCAUCGCGCGCACCAAGGGGCUGUCCAUCCUCACCCACGACGUGCAGAGCCAGCUCAACAUGGGCCGCUUUGGAGAGGCAGGGGACAGUCUCGUGGAACUGGGCGACCUAGUGGUGUCGCUGACUGAGUGUUCUGCGCAUGCGGCCUACCUGGCGGCCGUGGCCACGCCGGGUGCUCAACCUGCCCAGCCUGGCCUUGUGGACCGCUACCGUGUGACACGCUGUCGCCACGAGGUGGAGCAGGGCUGCGCUGUGCUUCGAGCCACCCCUCUGGCCGACAUGACCCCGCAGCUGCUCCUGGAGGUGUCGCAGGGCUUGUCUCGCAACCUCAAGUUCCUGACGGACGCGUGCGCCCUGGCCAGUGACAAGUCACGGGACCGCUUCUCGCGCGAGCAGUUCAAGCUGGGCGUCAAGUGCAUGAGCACCAGUGCAUCGGCGCUGCUGGCAUGCGUGCGCGAGGUGAAGGCGGCACCCAGCGAGCUGGCCCGCAGCCGCUGCGCGCUCUUCAGCGGGCCCUUGGUGCAGGCCGUGAGCGCCCUCGUGGGCUUUGCCACCGAGCCUCAAUUCCUGGGUCGUGCAGCCGCCGUGAGCGCCGAAGGCAAGGCGGUGCAGACCGCCAUCCUGGGAGGUGCCAUGAGCGUGGUGUCGGCCUGCGUGCUCUUGACCCAGUGCCUCAGGGAUCUGGCGCAGCACCCCGAUGGGGGCGCCAAGAUGUCGGACCACAGGGAGAGGCUGAGGAACUCGGCCUGCGCCGUGUCUGAAGGCUGCACCCUGCUAUCUCAGGCUUUAAGGGAAAGGUCUUCACCCAGGACUUUACCGCCAGUGAAUUCCAAUUCUGUGAAUUAGCACCCCC